AGCAGCGCCGGGCCACAAGUCUCCUCUCACUCGGGGCACCGCAACAAGUGGCCGCCGCGCCCUCCCCGGGGAAGCCGCGGACGCACGGGGGUGCAGGAAGGAGGCGGCGGAGCCGGACAGCCCGGGGCAGGCGCGACUCAGCUAGCACGGCUGGGGUCCGAGGAGGCGCAUGGGGACCCCGCGGCGGAGGAGCGGCGAGCUUAGGGGCGGCACCGGGGCGCGGGCUCUGCGUCGCGCAGCUCCCUCUCGUCUGGAGCACGGAUUCUGAGACCCCCCAGUGGCUGUCCGGGACCCGGCCUGCCACCCCUGGGGGUGCCAGGAGCGGACCUAGCACUCCUGUUCCCUCCGCGGAGCAGGGCAGUCCCCCGCCCAGAUCGGUCCACAGAAGGGGAAUGUGCAGCUAAAGGUCCGGUUCUGCCCGCUUUCCUCUGCCCCGCCGCCUGGGAGGUGCGCCCCAGCUAUGCAGUGUCCAGGGAGACGGCGGGCAUGACGACGACAGGAUGGGCGCGAACAAUGGCAAACAGUACGGCAGUGAGGGCAAAGGCAGCUCAAGCAUCUCAUCCGACGUGAGUUCAAGUACAGAUCACACGCCAACCAAAGCCCAGAAGAAUGUGGCCACCAGCGAAGAUUCUGACUUGAGCAUGCGUACAUUGAGCACGCCCAGCCCAGCCUUGAUAUGUCCACCGACUUUGCCAGGAUUUCAGAAUGGAAGGGGCUCCUCUACUUCUUCAUCCUCCAUCACCGGGGAGACAGUGGCAAUGGUUCACUCCCCACCCCCAACCCGCCUCACCCACCCACUCAUCCGUCUGGCCUCCAGACCCCAGAAAGAGCAAGCCAGCAUAGACAGGCUCCCGGACCACUCCAUGGUGCAGAUCUUCUCCUUCCUGCCCACCAACCAGCUGUGCCGGUGCGCACGCGUGUGCCGUCGCUGGUACAACCUGGCCUGGGACCCGCGCCUCUGGAGGACUAUCCGCCUUACGGGCGAGACCAUCAACGUGGACCGUGCCCUAAAAGUGCUGACCCGUAGGCUUUGCCAGGACACCCCCAAUGUGUGUCUCAUGCUGGAGACUGUCAUUGUCAGUGGCUGCCGGAGGCUCACAGACCGAGGCCUUUACACCAUUGCGCAGUGCUGUCCAGAACUGAGGCGUCUGGAAGUCUCAGGAUGUUACAAUAUCUCCAACGAAGCUGUCUUUGAUGUGGUGUCCCUCUGCCCCAACCUGGAGCACCUGGAUGUGUCAGGGUGCUCCAAAGUUACUUGCAUCAGCUUGACCCGGGAGGCCUCCAUUAAACUGUCCCCCUUGCAUGGCAAACAGAUUUCCAUCCGAUACCUUGAUAUGACGGACUGCUUCGUGCUGGAGGACGAAGGUUUGCACACCAUCGCAGCUCACUGCACGCAGCUCACACACCUCUAUCUGCGCCGCUGUGUCCGCCUCACCGACGAGGGCCUCCGCUACCUGGUGAUCUACUGCACAUCCAUCAAGGAGCUGAGUGUCAGUGACUGCCGCUUUGUCAGCGACUUUGGCCUGAGGGAGAUCGCUAAGCUGGAGUCCCGCUUGCGGUACCUCAGCAUCGCCCACUGCGGCCGCAUCACGGAUGUGGGCAUUCGUUAUGUGGCUAAGUACUGCAGCAAAUUACGCUACCUCAAUGCGAGGGGCUGCGAGGGCAUCACGGACCAUGGCGUGGAGUACCUCGCCAAGAACUGCACGAAACUUAAGUCUCUGGACAUUGGCAAAUGUCCUCUGGUCUCUGACACGGGCCUGGAAUCCCUGGCUUUAAACUGUUUCAAUCUCAAGAGAUUAAGCCUCAAGUCCUGUGAGAGCAUCACCGGCCAGGGCCUGCAGAUCGUGGCUGCCAACUGCUUUGACCUGCAGAUGCUGAACGUCCAGGACUGUGAAGUCUCAGUGGAGGCCCUGCGGUUUGUGAAGCGACACUGCAAGCGCUGUGUCAUUGAGCAUACCAACCCUGCUUUCUUCUGAAGGGACAGCUCCCACGGGGCAUGUUUUCACAGCAACGUGAACCAAACAAUGUUUUGUAAAAGUUGCCCAUGUUAAGCACCCAUGCCCACUCACAGCCCCCGUUUCUUCCAGGAACGUUCUGUGGAGUCUGGCUUUUAUUUUUAUUUCUCAUCCGCAAAUGAGGUCAAAGAAACAAAGGAGAAAAAAAACCAAAUUUCUACCACGGUAAACUGAUUCUGGUCGGUUCAUUUGUAGACAUAUCCUCUUACAAAGGAUGCAGCUCAUCUUGCUGGUCAGUGUGUCUUCAGAAACGCACCUUACCCUGGCUUCCCUUCCCCCUCCUGUACAAGCGCUAUGCCCCAGAGUUCCUCACCAUUGCAUCCAACCGUGCAACAGCUGCAGCAUUAAGCAUCCGAAUAAGGGCCUCUAACGCUGCCUAAGCCCCACUCCUAAAUCACUCACAAAGCAAAUUGGGGUUAAAGUCAUGCUAACGUUUUCUGUGUGCAGAGAGCUUCCCUGUGCUAAUGCAUUAUGGCAAAUCACACGGAAUAAAAAGAGACGUAAUUCCUCUCCCAGCUCUGCCACUAACUAGCUGUGUGACCUUGGUCAGCCUCACCUUGCUGGGCUUCAGCUUCCCACCACCAGAGGCCAAAAGCGGGAUGAGCUUCACACCCAUUUUAGAACUGAGGGAAUAGUGACGCCAGUAAGCAGAGCUUUGUAUAAGGAGCAUCAUAGAAAGCACAAGGGCAAGGCUUCUGAGAGAACUGGUUGUGUGGGUGAGCUGUGCUUUCAGGCAGGUCUGUGGGGUCGCUGCCGUGCACCUAGGGUCCUGUGUGGAUGCCCUUGUGCUCUUCUCUCAGGCCCAGCACAACUGUGUGGUGUGCUAGGCUUUGGCACGUCUUCUGCCAUGUUGCAUGCUUGCACUUCGAUGCUCACAUGCCGUAGCCUUCCCUCACUCCACCACAGGCAACCCAGGCAGGAGAGUGCCCCGGGACACCAAGCCUGCAUCUCCCUGCCAGCUUGCAUCCACUCAGCAUUUUCAAACCCAAGUACAGACCCUUAUAAUUUUUAAUUAACAAGUGAGGUCCAAGGGAGCCCACGUCCUUAAAGGUUUCUCUAACCCUUCUCAGUGCACAUAUGCUGUGCUUCAGACACAUCUGUCCUGCAGCCCGUGGGGACAGAUGCCUUGGUCCUUUGUCAUUCACAAUUCAGUUUGACUUCUCUCAUCUCCUUACUGUUCCAUCAAAUGAGCCUACUGGGGUUAAGUUUGUAAGUGGCUCAUAGUACCAAGGCCACCUUGCCUACUGUCUGCAUGUUUUCCACUGAAGAACGUAAAGCAGGCUCCCAGGUGUUUCAGAAUUGUUCCACCGGAAGCACCAGGCAUGCAGGAGGGGGGAUGCACUGAUCACCCAGAUGCUGCUCCACCCACUAAGGCAUUGGGGCAGAACAUCAAUAUCAGUUCAAAUUUUGAAUUUUCAGGUGAUGGACUUUUAAAUGGUCCCUUCUGAACAAAAAGCAAUUUUCUAGUUUCGUUUUUAAAGAAUCAGAUAGCCAGAAGAAAUCCUGUUGCUUGUUUCUGUGAACUCAAGUUGUCUUUUGUUAGUAAACCCAGGACUUCCCCCAAUUUUUUUUCUCUGGCCACAUUUUCCCCAUCACUGUGGAAACAGUUCACCCAUCUUCUUCUCGGAGUGUCUAGCCUCCAUUCGCAGAGCCUCUGCUCCCUUGAGCCAAGCACGCUGCCUUUGUUACAGACCAAGCUUAUGCACUGCUCGACAACUGCACUCCCACUGUAGGCUCCACUGUGUACUAUUGUCUUGUGUUGGGAAGAAGAAGUUAGGCAAUAAGCUGGCAACCCCUCAGGAGGUUUCUGUCGCUCACUCCAUGAGUCCCAGCUUCUGCUCAGUUCACACCAUCCUUGUCUGGGUGAGUGAACAAGAUUAUGUCAUAAGGGGAAGCAAAAGUCUUGGCUGGGGACAGGAUCUAGUGACAGCCACCGAAACCGAAUGUAGGGUCAUAAAAGAAAUUGAAUGAAGCGCCCCUCUGCUCUCUGACUUGAGGCUCUACCUAAAGUUUGUGAAUUGCAGAGUCACAAUGGGGAGUAUUAAACCAAAUCAUUUGGAAUGUUCCGGUAUUGAGGGUAACAGACAACCCAUUGUGGUAGGUUUUGGAGGACAAGCAAAAGGCCUCAUUGAGAAAUUCUCUGUGUUAAAACAUGGCUUCUUUCCUGGCUCCGUUACAUUGAAUGCUCAUUGGUCAUUGUUGUUUGUUUGUUUGUUUCUCUUUAACUCUAAUGUUCAAAUCACUAUGUGCUGUACGAGUCUAGAAAGCCUUAAUUUACUUCCACCAAGAAAUAAAGCAAGAU